UGGCCGCCGCCCCCCGCUGGCCGACGCUGGCGGCGUAAGGCGCGCGGGCCCCGGAGCGGGCGCGGCGGAGCGCGGCGAGCCCGGCGCCUCCAGUCCCGAACAUGCGGAGGCCGGCCCAGGCGGCGCGGGAGCCGGAGCGGGGGCCCGAGCGGGCACCGGAGCCGGAGCGCGAGCGGGCGCGGGGUCCGGAGCGGGGGUCCGCGCUGCGCUGCUGAAGCCGGGCCGGCCGCCCAGAUACUGCCCGCGGGCCCGGCCACGGCGGAGCCAAGCUGUGAGCCGUGAGCUUUGAGGCGGUGGGACCUGUCAACAGAAUGUCUCCUGCCCCCGAGAGCCACCCCAAGGCCACUGAGAUGAGCACCGCGGCCUGGCCGGCCCCAGUGCCUGCGUCUCAGUAGCCGGGAGCCGCGGGCCCACGCCCGCCCGCCAGCCGCGGUGAUGUUCUAGCCACAGAGGAGCCAAGACCUCAGGUUUCCAGAGACUUGGGAUUUGCACGGCAGCAGAGCCACCGUGGAGAGGCCAGGGUAUCACAAACUUAUGGAUUUUGACAAGAAAGGAGGGAAAGGGGAGACAGAGGAGGGCCGGAGAAUGUCCAAGGCCGGCGGGGGCCGGAGCAGCCACGGCAUCCGGAGCUCGGGGACCAGCUCGGGGGUCCUGAUGGUGGGCCCCAACUUCCGCGUCGGCAAGAAGAUCGGCUGCGGCAACUUCGGGGAGCUCCGCCUAGGAAAGAAUCUCUAUACAAAUGAAUACGUGGCUAUCAAAUUGGAGCCGAUCAAGUCCCGGGCCCCGCAGCUGCACCUGGAGUACCGGUUCUACAAGCAGCUCAGCGCCACAGAGGGCGUCCCUCAGGUCUACUACUUCGGCCCGUGCGGGAAGUACAACGCCAUGGUGCUGGAGCUGCUGGGGCCCAGCCUGGAGGACCUGUUCGACCUGUGUGACCGGACCUUCACGCUCAAGACGGUGCUGAUGAUCGCCAUCCAGCUGAUCACACGCAUGGAGUACGUGCACACCAAGAGCCUCAUCUACCGGGACGUGAAGCCCGAGAACUUCCUGGUGGGCCGCCCGGGGACCAAGCGGCAGCACGCCAUCCACAUCAUCGACUUCGGGCUGGCCAAGGAGUACAUCGACCCCGAGACCAAGAAGCACAUCCCGUACCGCGAGCACAAGAGCCUGACGGGCACGGCGCGAUACAUGAGCAUCAACACGCACCUGGGCAAGGAGCAGAGCCGCCGCGACGACCUGGAGGCGCUGGGCCACAUGUUCAUGUACUUCUUGCGCGGCAGCCUCCCCUGGCAGGGGCUCAAGGCCGACACGCUCAAGGAGCGAUACCAGAAGAUCGGGGACACCAAGCGCGCGACGCCCAUCGAGGUGCUCUGCGAGAACUUCCCAGAGGAGAUGGCCACGUACCUGCGCUACGUGCGGCGCCUGGACUUCUUCGAGAAGCCGGACUAUGACUACCUGCGGAAGCUCUUCACCGACCUCUUCGACCGCAGCGGCUUCGUGUUCGACUAUGAGUACGACUGGGCCGGGAAGCCCCUGCCGACCCCCAUCGGCACCGUCCACACCGACCUGCCCUCCCAGCCUCAGCUCCGGGACAAAGGCCAGCCGCACAGCAAAAACCAGGCGCUGAACUCCACCAACGGGGAGCUGAACGCGGACGACCCCACGGCUGGUCACUCCAAUGCCCCCAUCACGGCGCCUGCAGAGGUGGAGGUGGCCGAUGAAACCAAAUGCUGCUGUUUCUUCAAGAGGAGAAAGAGAAAAUCGCUGCAGCGACACAAGUGACCCCGGGCGCGUGCAGCCCCCUGAAUCUUCUCCGCGCAGCCCCUUGGGGCGAGAGCUUGUGCGAGGCCCUCGGGGCCCACUCACAGCGGCCCAGGGCCAGACCCUGGCCGGAAGCCAGAACGCAGACUGCAGGGGCCGCACCUGGCUCAGCCGGCGGCCCCACCCCCGGGACGUGGGGUCACUUCCUUCACGUAAGACUUUGGCCGAAAUUUCUACACCUGUGUCUAGUCCUCCCCUCCAAGAGCAUUAACUAUUUAAAACAAGGAAAACAGGAAAAACACAGAGGCCCACCUGCCCCCACCCUGCCCUCCGUUUCUUUGCUGAAGUGAGUAGUGUGAUCUGGGGGCCCCCGGCUGAGGCCCGGCCUGGCCCCGCCAGCCGCCCCCGUUAGCGUCAUAAAGUCCAGCUUGUCUCCCUCGAUCCAAAGGCCGUUUUCUCGAGGGGAGGGCAGGCCCGGCCUGGAGGGUGCUGUGGGGCUGUCUUGCCCAGGCCCUCCUGGGAGGGGAGAGGCAUUGCUGCCAGGGGUGAGGCCGUGCCUCAGGCCUCCCUGAAACCAAAGGGGAAGGCAGGGGUGGGCCCGCGGCGGAAGCCGGCUCCCCAACCAAAAUGCUGCACCAAAGCUCGGGUGCCGCGGGCACGGCCACUGCAGCCUCUGCCCAGCCUGGCCCUGGCGAGGGGCGGGCGGGCGCUGCCAGGCUGGUGCUUCUCAACGCACUUGCUUCCGGAGGCUGUGCCCCGGCGCCUGGAACCUGAGGUGGGAGGACCAGCUGGUGUCGCCCUGCUCGGCCCUGGGCCCUGUUGCGUGGGGCGGGUGGGCACAGGGCUUCCUGCCUCUGUGCUCCGCCACCCGGCAAGCAGUCGGAGACAAAACGCCUUAAAGCCCCGGCGCAGCCCCGCGGGUGUAUGUGCAGGGGCCUGGGGCGGCCCUGGACUGACGGGCGGUCCCCCAGCGGGGUGCCCUGGAGGCUGCUGGGCAGAGUGAAGCAGCUUGGGGCCGUGCCUAGGGCGGUGGCUGUGAGUCUAGUUUUUGCUUUACCAAGUGUACAGAAAUGGCAUUUACGUUUCUCUGAUGCUCCCUUGAAGCCAUAGAAUUUAGGGGCUUUUUUUAAAAAAUAAAAGAAAAAUGAAACCAAA